AUGAUCUGGCUCGUGCGCAUCCAUCCUCCCGUCCGUUUCGGGGGGACAGAGCUUGCAUCUGCAGCUGCCUUGGCUGGAACAGCAGAGCUGCACGUCUGGAACUUGUUCUCCCCCUCACCCUCUGCCUAUGAGCAAGUACCCGUCACUCCCUAUCAGCUUAGUCUUAUGGAGUACAUACCAUCCCUCGGCGACUUGGAUUGCACGUUACAAGAUAAACCCGCCUAUUCCGAGCCUUUGCCCGUCGCAAACAUGGCCUCCGAACACAACCCCUUUCGAAGGAAGUCUGCUUCCACCUCGCUCUCCAUCUCUACGCCCCAGCCAGUCUCUACAUCGGCCUUUCUCGAGUCCAUCACUUCCGGCAUCUCGAGGCAGAAUGGCCCCCCACCCCCCGAGGCCCGGCCGGCCAAGCCAAAGGUCGUGAAAAAGGUUAGGGUCCUUUCGCCGCCACCGUCGUCUCCCUCGUCCCCAGAAUCCGUACACAGCAGGGGCUUUGGACGCCAGAACGACAGCAGCGACGAAGACUCCCACGACGAAGACGACCAAUUCUCAAAGCGGUUUCCCGAGCUUCCCGGUGGCCUCCCCGAGGCUGCGCCGCUUCGCAUUGCCAACGCGAGUAAUACCCCCGACAAUCCCUUUGGCAAGACGCUACAAGAUCUGGAAGGCUUGACGGACGUGAAGCCUUCAUCUGGCGGAUCGACCAAAGCCAUGGAUGUCAACGCCUUCAAGAUGCUGUUGCUCACUGGCCAGGCUGGUGCUGGAACACCGCCCCCGCAGACAUCAGUGUCACAGGGAGACAAGGCGCCCGGUGCAUCACACGCCGCACCUGAGCCAGAAAUACCGCGGACGUCACAAGAUAUCGCGGAUCGCGGCGUUGACGACCAACGUUCUCUUCUGGCACAUUCCCCAUCCGUGAAGAAGAAGCCUCCGCCGCCUAGCUCAAGGCAUGGUAGGAAGAUUAGCGUGCAGACUUCAGGUCGUCCGCACAUCUCCUCCGAGACCGCGUCGCCCAUCUCUCCGUCUGACGUGAACAAGCCCCUUCCGCCCGCCCCAAGCAGUCACGGCGGGGAUGACACGGAAGAUGUUUUUGCCCGUGAAGCUGCUGGCAAAGUCCCGGAGCAGGACUCCCCCACACCCAGCUCAAUACCUACCCCGGCUCUUCCGGCGACAGGCAAGAGACCGACACCUGCCCCUCCACCACGGCGGGGUCACGCACGGAGCCAGUCCUUGACAGCCAAUGCUGGGGUCAACGCUCCGAGUGUACCAAGUUACGAGGCCGACACGCCGCCUCGCUCUUCGUUGGAAUCGCAGCGCUCCAGAUCAGAAAGUUUCCGAAGCAUCAAUGCUCCGGCUCCGCCUCCACCUCGGCGCCCGCACGCAUCCCAUCGACAAUCAUUCCAACUAGCGUCGCCGUCAAGUGGUUCAUUUUACGGUGCCAGCCCAGCACCAUCUGAUAUCGACACUUCUAUUCAUGCUACGGAGCAUACUCCUCCCAAAACUUCACCUCCGCCACCACCACCGGCACGGAAUACUUCCAUACGCCGGCCUCCCAGCGUAAGGAGCAUUGAAGCCCCCAGCAGGAAGAUCAGUGGAGGCAAGGAGAAUGCUCCCCCCCCACCACCACCACCACCACGCCAGAGGGGCAGUAGUCGCGGAAGCAUGGACGGAUAUGGUAUGAGGAGGACGAGCAUCGAUAGCACUAGGGCCAUGGGCAGCAACGUUCCAGAAGAGCCCACCGCGGAGGAUGAUGCACAGCAAGAGUACGACGCAGCUAAGUCAGGCAAGGGUGCGGAUAUUCUCGCCGACCUGGAUGCUCUACAACGAGAAGUGGACGCCCUGAGGGCAGCACAGGGCAAAUAG